AUCUUUUCUUAUUGGUUGCAUUCAUUGUACCGGAGUCUUUAAUGCAGACCUUGUGACACCAUUUCAUUGAAUUGAAUGAGCUGUUCUGACCUCUGCUGUUAAGUUUGCGUAAUCGGCAAAGUAAUUUAGAACUUAAAGUUGUUCUGGUUAUUCUCUAAGGAAAUGGUGCUGGAGGCGCUUGCGAAGCUUAUUAAAGUACAGCUUCCCGCUUACUUGAAAAGGUUGCCGAUUCCGGAAACCAUCAUUGGGUUUUUUAGACUUACAGUUGCAGAAUGGUUGCGUCUUCUACCAUUCCUUGGUGUACUUGCGUUACUCGGCUAUUUAGCCAUUCGACCUUUCCUUCCAAAGAAGAAGCAACAGAAAGAUAGCUUAAUCAAUCUGAAAAUUCAGAAGGAAAAUCCUAAGGUGGUGAAUGAAAUUAACAUAGAAGAUCUUCAGAAGACCACAGCAGCAUAUUGCAGGUGUUGGCGCUCGAAAACGUUUCCAGUUUGUGAUGGUUCUCACAACAAACACAAUGAAUUGACUGGAGACAACGUGGGUCCAUUAAUACUCAAGAAAAAAGAAGUAUAGCAUUUGUUCUACAAUCUACACACAGUACUUCAUCCAACAUUAAUUUAAUAACAAGGAUGUGAGAGGCUUAUAUAAAAUCAUAUUUGUAAAAUAGAUUGUAAAAAAUUAACUAUUUUUAAAUUCAAUUUUCUUAUUUUACAAACAUGAUGAUGUAGUAGAAAGUCAAUUUAAUGAGCCCUCAAGUGAGAAAUAUCAGUGUGCUAACUGUGGAGCAACUCCUAAAGCAUUUUUCCCUUUAUGGCUAAUUCUAUAUUCUGUGAAAACAUUUAGUUAACAGGCAGCAUGAAACAUCUGCCAUAAAUGUGUAUGAGUACAUCCUUGAAAAUUCGCUUGCAGUUAAGUGCGGUAUUAUUUCCAUGUCAUACUUUAGAGAUGAAUUCCUUAUUUAGACAUCCGGUUCUUUUUAACAAUAACAGGGACUGGAACAAUUAUGGAGAUGUACAUAUUAACCUGUUGCACAGGUUGCUUCAUAUGUACUUGCGUUGGGUGGCCCUUGUACUGCUUGCAUUUGUUCUUAAGUAAUUGGUAUCUGAAAAAUAAAUAAUUUAUUAAUGUUUUAAGAGUUUGAUUUUUAAAAUGUUGGUGAAUGUUCAGACAGCAGCUUACAAUUUUGGCUAAGGUUGCUGUUUAUCACACAUUUUAAUGCUUAAUAUGGAACUGGACGCAGAGCUGCCAACAAUGUAUCUGAACUGUUUUAUAAAUGUCAUGUUUACUUGAAUUAUGGUUUAGAAGUCAAUAAAAUUGCCUUUGUUUUA